AGGCACCAUGGUCAACCUCCGUUCGCAAAAGCGGCUCGCCGCAUCUGUUGCAAGCGUCGGCAAGCGCAAAAUCUGGCUUGACCCCGCCGAGCAGAGCGAGAUUGGGAACGCUAACUCCCGUACGCAUAUCAAGAAGCUCAUAAAGGAUGGUCGCAUUAUCAUCAAACCCCACACCGUCCAUUCGCGCGCCCGCACUCUUGAGCUUCUGGCCGCUAAGCGCAAAGGUCGCCAUACCGGCCAGGGUAAACGCCAGGGUACCUCUGAGGCUCGUAUGCCCACCAAGGUGCUUUGGAUGAGGAGACAGCGGGUUCUUCGCCGUUUGUUGAGGAAGUACAGGGAGGCUGGCAAGAUCGAUAAGCACCUAUACCACCAGCUGUACCAGAAGUCCAAGGGUAACGUUUUCAAGAACAAGCGUGUUCUCAUGGAGUAUAUCCACAAGGCUAAGGCCGAGAAGAGCCGAACCAAGGUCCUUUCCGACCAGAUGGAGGCUCGCCGCACCAAGAACAAGGCUGCGCGCGAGCGUCGUGCUGCUCGUGUUGCCGAGAAGCGGGCAGCUAUCCUUGCUGUCGAACACGAAGCCCCGGUCAAAGAGUAAAUACACGAUAUUGAUAUAUUCAGGCCCGACGCCCGACCACUCUCCCUCCGUUCCAGGGCUAUCUAGGGUCAAGCCCUCCUCUUCUACCGUCCAACCGCUCGAACCGCACCGUAUCUGUAUCCUAUGCCAUGCAUACUCUCUCAAUCAUACACCAAACUGCCCAUGCUUAUAUGCUUUCUUUUGCCUCAAGCUUAUUUUCUGUGACUGUCUUGCUGCGAUUGUCUUGGUGCGAUCGUCUUGGUGCGAUCUAUUCGGUAUUUGUCCCAGUAUAUGCAUAUAAGCUCGACCGGAAGAGAGCUUCUUCGGAGUACAACUGUCGUACGGCAGUAAGAGCAUGUUUGAUUGCU